GCGUCGAUGUCACUGACCCAGCGCCGUCGUUGCGAGGUCGUCAAUGUCACGCUAUAUGAUGCGCACAUAAAGGUUGGCUAUCAGGAGGGAUCGGCACGUCAUGACGAAGGUGAGUCCUAUGUGAUGCUUAUCAAGGAGUAAUGAAAUUUGGUAUGGAUCACAUCAGCGUCAAAACGAGAACGUUGGGGCCUUCAACAAGCUUGUAUAUCAGGACUCCAGGAUGCACGUGUAAAGAAGGUUGGGAUACCAGAACAGUUGAGCGGUUCAUGGGUCCAGAUGAGUAUAUGUUUGUUUGUUGCUUUCUUGUUAAGCAGGAGUGAAGAUGAUAUUCACAUGUCAGCCUUGAUCUUGCCAAGUCAGCAUCAGUGUUGCCAAAUGAGCAUCAGUGUUGUCGAGUCAGCAUGAGUGUGGCCAAGUCAGCGUCGGUGUGGCCAAGUCAGAGUCAGUGUGGCCAAGUCGACACUCAAGGAUGCACGCAUAAAGAAGGCUGGGCCAGUCAGGUCAGAUCAGCGCUUCACAGUGCAGGUGAGUCUGUACGAUGGUUUAUUGUAUUGUAACGCAGGAGUCCUGAGUGAAGUUGAUAAAUCCGCAUCAGCGUUGCCGAGUAAGCACCAGUGUGCCGAAGUCAGCAUCAGUGUGGCCAAAUCAACACUCCAGGACACAGACUGUGUGGACGAGUCUGUAUGAUGCUUUCCUGUAAAAGCAGGAGUCCUGAGUGAAGUUGAUAAAUCCGCAUCAGUGUUGUCGAGUCAGCAUCAGUGUGACCAAGCUAACACUAGAGGAUGCACACAUAAAGAAGGCUGGGGCAGUCAGGUCAGAUGAGCACUUCACGGUGCAGUUGAGUCGGUACGAUGCCUUCUUGUCGCCAAGUCAGCAUCAGUUCAGCCAAGUCAGCAUCAGUGUCGCCAAGUUAACACUACAGGAUGCACACAUAUAGAAGGCUGGGGUGGUCAGGUCGGAUCAGCGUUUCGCGGUGCAGGUGAGUCUGUACGAUGCUUUUAUGGAGGACUGACAUUUCAAAUUUGAUAUUGCCAUAGCAUCAGUAUAGGGAAAUCAGCAUUUCAAAUUUGAUAUUGCCAGGUCAGCGUCAGUCUUACCAAGUCAGCACUCCAGGAUGCGCGCGUGAAGGUUGGCGUGUAAGGACAGACGAGCGCUUCAUGGUGCAGGUCAGUCUGUAUGAAGCGAAGCAAUCCUUGGCUUGGAGGGGGGGGGGGGAGGUUGGCGUGCAAGGACAGAUGAGCGCUUCAUGGUGCAGGUGAGUCUGUAUCAUGCUUUUUAUCGAGGACUGAAAAUUUCAAAUUUCGUCGUGAAGGUUGGCGAACUUGGCAUGUAAGGACAGAUAAGCGCUUCAUGGUGCAGGUGAGUCUGUAUGAAGCGAAGUGAUCCUUGGUUUGAAAAAAAAAAAAAGGUUGGCGUGUAAGGACAAAUGAGCGCUCCAUGGUGCAGGUGAGUCUGUAUGAUGCCUUUUAUCUAGGACUGAAGUUUCAAAUUUCAUAUUUCCGUGUCAGCAUCAAUAGAGGGAAGUCAGCAUUGAUCUUGCCAAGUCAGCAUCGGUGUUGCUAUGUCAGCACUCCAGGAUUCACACCUGACGGUUGGCGUAUCAGGAUGAAUCUAGACUCAAUGGUCAACCGGAUGAAUCUAGACUCAAUGAUGGGCUGGAUUGUGAAGUUUGCAAGGUGCCAUCAAGCUAUACCAUCACGUCCAGGGCGAAAGUGGUUUAAAUCUCUUAAUCUGUCCCGGGGAGGUGGAGGAGGGGAAGAGGAAGAGGCCGAUGAGGAGGACAUGGCGAAGAAACAGGGGUUGGUGGACUUGGAGGAAGCAGAGGGGGAGACGUAUCGAGCACAGGACGGCGUGGCAGAAACGGGGGGAGAUGAAGGGGAGGGGCAUGGCCACAUCGACCACGACGCCAGGAGGAGGAGGAGGAGGAGGAUAGACCCAUCCAGCACAGAACCCCACAGGAAGGGGGAGGAGGAGUUGGUGGGUUGGAAUGGCGAAGGAGGAAGAGGUGAUGGAGAUGGAGGGAUUGCGGAGGAGCAGGAGGAGGAGGAGGAAGAGGAAGCGGGUUGAACUCUUAAUCUGUUAUCGUGAAAUCCUGACAAUGAGGUGGAGUCUAUGAUCUUCCCCCGACUAGAACGCAUGUAUAGACGUGCGGCAUCAAUUGUCUUCUGCAUAUGUGUGGGAACGUUUAGCUUGCAUACAGCAGCAACAGUAAAUGUGUGUUCUUCUCGGGCGAUGACGGCCCAUGGCCACCAGAAAAAAACUGCUUUCUCUCUGUUCUCUUUCCCUGAAUGGAUCACAUGUGCAUCAUGACAGUCAGUGGGAAAAAAAGGCAGAAAAAUUGCACAUAUACUAUUACAGUAAAUGUUCCCAACAUAC